AUGUAUGGACUAGCGGACAAGGUCUUGAUGUCACCAGAAAAUCUGAUGAUCCCGGCGGAGUACGAAAGCCUGCUUUCCUCUGGCGAUGAUCAUUAUAGAAUUCCAAUGUUCGGAGGGGAGGAUUUGGGAAGUGGGUUUCAAUGUUCGGCGAUUUCAGAAGUGGCUUCAAUGACACCUGAAGUUCAAAGAGGUCCUCAUCGUGAUGAAGACGAUGAUGCUUCUAGUGUGAUCAAGGCCAAAAUCGCCUCUCAUCCUUCAUAUCCGAAAUUACUUGAUGCCUACAUCGAUUGCCAGAAGGUGGGUGCGCCACCGGAGAUAGCUUGUCUCCUCGAUGAAAUUCGUCGAGAAAACGACGUUUGGAACCGAGAGUCUGUCUCCAUGGGCUUCGGAGCCGAUCCCGAGCUCGACGAGUUCAUGGAAACAUAUUGUGAUGUACUGGUGAAGUACAAAUCCGAUCUCUCAAGGCCCUUUGAUGAAGCAACCACGUUCUUGAACAAGAUUGAAAUGCAACUCGGCAAUCUCUGCAAAGCGUAG